AUGGACCACGAGGUCACCGUGGGAUUUUUGUCGCGUGUGGCGGGUACAGCCACGUUCCCUUUUUCCGUGUAUGCAUGCUUGUUUGCGGAGGUUCUGUGGUCGGUGGGGGAGACUUGUGUGCCGGCGUGGUUUGCAUUUGCCUCUCCUCCCACUCACACCGUGCCGCGCGGGACCGCUGCCGAACGAGGGCGAGGGUCGAGGCCGCUGUCGGAAGCGGACCCGUUCGGCAGCAACAGCGGCAGGCACGGCGCCCCGCCAUCGCAGUCGGCGCAGCAGCAGGGGCAAGGAGGGCGGGCAUCUCGUGGGAGCACCGGGGGGCUGUCUAGGCGGAAUAGCUUCGGAGCGACCUCCCGGCGAGGGACGGGUAAGGGGGCACUCGCCGGAGGGGGCGGAGGCGCCGGCGCCGGCGGCGUCGGCGGGGGCGACUUCGAAGGAGACUCCGGGAUGAUGAGGACGGCUUCGGGGGGGUCGUUGCGAGGAGUCGGGGGCUACGCGUCUCGCAACCAGCGGCAGCAGCAGCAACGCAGGGGGAGGGACCCUUACGACAACACCUACGACGCCGAGGAGGACGACGACGAGAGAGAAGGGGACAACGACGAGGACGACGACGACGACGACGACGCGGGCUAUGACUCGGACACCAUGAGCGUGAUGGAUCAGGACGCCAUCCGAGCUUCCAUGAGGAAGAGAGGCGCCAGGGGGACGGCGGGGGCGGGGGGUAGGCGCGGCGACACCGUCGAUUACAUCGUGGAGUUCGAGAGAGCAAGGAAGCUGGGCAUGCUGUUGGAGCGGCACGACGAAUGGCCCGACGGAAGGGAGAAGCGGUCGGAGCGAGCGAUUGUGAAGAUGGUUGUCGACAGCGGCCCGGCGAAGAUACGGGGAGUGACGGUGGGGAGCAAGGUGAAGCGGGUCAACGGAGACACGGUCGAGGGGCUAACCUAUCAGCAGACGCUGGAGUGCAUCAAGAACGCAGCGAGGCCGCUGCGAGUCGAGUUCGAACGCGGGCAGCUGGAGCAGGAAGACAACGUGGGCCAGAUCCUGUUCAAGAAGACGGUUGGGGUUCCUCGGAGUUAUUCCGCAUGGCAGAGGCGGUACUUCGUCCUGGGGGGCGCCGUGGCUAAGGUCCACGUCCUGCAGGUCUACGUUUCCAAGCAGAGUUACGACCGUAUGGUGCUAGCUGUGUUCGAGAACCGUCGAAUCAACGAGAGAGUCAAGGCGUACAAGCUCAGCAACCUCUUCAAGUGUGGACCGAUAAAGGUGAAAUCGUUCAAGGGUCAUCCCACCCCGCUCUACUUCUUCACGGUGAAGCUGCCCAAGUCGCGCUUGAAGCAGCUCAACUUCGCCUCCCAGAACCUCGGGGACUUGCAGCACCUCCGCACCUCGAUCUCCAAGUUCACGUCCACGUAG